AUGAUCUUCUCCAGGUUAUAUCAAGCUCUUGGUGUUGCAUCAAGUGCAUUAGCUAUUCAAAUAGCAUCACAACCAGCUGAACUCUCAGAUUCAACUCGUGUUCAAUUAGCUUCAUACAAUCUUACAGAAGGUAUUUUAAGUGCUGAUUUUUUUGUUUAUGAUGAUGAAAAUGAUAAAAGUGUUUUCUUAUACUAUUCAAAUGCUAAAGGUGAAUCAUCUCCAUUAUUAACUUUAUCUGCAGAUCAAGUUGAAGAUUUACCAAAUAAUUGGACAUUAUUCACAGCUUCAAAUUAUAUUUUCCCUCAAAGUGGUAUUGACACUUUGUUAAACGUUACAUUAGAAGUUAGAGAUGGUCCUGUUUAUACCCAAGAAUUAAACAUCAAAGUUGAAGGUGAUGGAAAGGAAUUACCAGAGCAAGUACACCCGGAACCUUCAAUUCAUCCAUCAGGCUACUCAGAUGAUAUUGAUGAAUGGUUAAAUGUUAACUCCAAGGAUUCACAAAUUUAUAAAGCAAAACAAAGAGUCUUUGCAAAUAUUGGUCCUGAAGGUGCUGUUCCAGGUCUUGUUAUUGCAUCCCCAUCACAUGGUGAAGAUACUGAAAAUCCAGAUUAUUUUUAUCAUUGGAUUCGUGAUGCUGGUUUAACAUAUGAUUCUCUUUACAAAUUAUAUAAAGCUUUACCAAAUAGAGAUAGUCAAGCUGCUAGAGGCAUUGAAGACUAUUUUAUUCAAUUCAUUGCUGCUACUAUUGAUGAACAAAAGGAUAAAACUGCAAUUAGUGGAUUAGCUGAACCAAAAUGGUAUGCCAAAAAUAACACUGGCUAUCAAUUAGGUUGGGGUAGACCUCAAAAUGAUGGUCCUGCAGUUAGAGCUUAUGCCUUGAUUGAAUUUGUUAAAGAAUAUAUCAAUAAAGGUGGUGAUAGAAACUAUAUUAUUGACUUAGCUUGGGAAGAACCAAUUAAAGUUGAUUUAGACUAUUUACAAAAAAAUUGGACUGAAAAGGAUUUUGAUGCAUGGGAAGAAACUAGAUCUCAUCAUUUCUUUAAUAGUGUUGUUCAAAAAAAAGCUUUUGUUUUAGGUGCUGAAUUUGCUUCUGAAUAUUUAAGAGAUGUUUCUUCUUAUAGAUCUUAUAGUGAAUCUGCAGAAGCAGUUAAUGCUACUUUAGCCAAUUAUCUUUCACCUGAAAGAAAUAUCAUUUUGAAUACUUAUGGUCCAGCAUUACAUGCCAAAAUCUCUUACAAAGAUCUCUCAACCAUUUUAGGAAUUACUAAUGGUUAUUUAGGUGAUGGUAUCUUUGCAGCAACUAAUGAUUGGUCUUUAAGAACAGUUUAUGAACAUGCAACAACAUUCUUAGAUGUUUUCCCAGUUUCAAACACCACAACAGAUGAAGAAGGUAGACCAUUAGCACCACCAACUGGUAGAUACCCAGAAGAUGUUUAUAACGGGACAGGUACACAAGAAGGUAAUCCAUGGUUCUUAUCAAGUAAUACAAUUGCAGAAUAUUUCUUCCUUAUUGUUAAAGAUUUCCAAGAUGCUGGUGUCAUCCAAGUUUCUGAAUUAUCAUUACCAUUCUGGAAAUAUUAUACAGGUGUUAGUGAAGUUGGUACAAUUUCUAAAGAUUCAGAACAAUUUGAUCAAGUUAUUCAAUCAUUAAUCGGUUGGGGUGAUGCUUAUAUCAGAACUGUUAAAUAUUAUGCUGGUGAAGAUGGUCAUUUAAGUGAACAAUACGAUAAGAAUAACGGGGUUAUUAGAGGUGCUAGAGAUUUAACUUGGUCUUAUGCAUCCUUAUUCAUUGCUGCUAUUACUAGAGCCAUUGCUAGAGGUGAUGAUACUUAUGCAACUUCAUUAGCAUUUUUAGAUGGUGAUAUCCAUUGA